AUGAAGUACCCCACACACAUCAUCGACCCCAACGGGGAUGUGAUUAUUAGACUCCUCAACCCAAAUGCUCCAUUUGCUGUAUCUGAAGAAUGGGACUAUGGAGAGGACGACGUAUUGCCCUCGUGGUUUGGAUCAAGACAGUGGAAUCCGAUAAACAACGAACAAGCGGUUGACUCGCUCAUCGAUCUCACAGUCGUCGACCAGGACGACCAGAAUAAACCACCCAAGCCCACAGCAUCAGAAUCUCACGUCUCGCUAUUGGCGGCAAGCGGCCUAAAGAGAGUGCCUACUCGACGAGCACGGAGACUGAGCGAAGGCCGUCUCCUGAAUGAAUAUUCACGUAUGUCAUACUUCCCUGGACACGAAUGCAUGCUAAAUGCUCAGGCAAACCCGCAUUCAACGAGGAAUACACCUACCAAGUCUCAUCGCAACAUCUCAUACCCGCAUCUCCAUUCUUCCGCUCAGCACUGA